ACCAUUCAACUAUUUAAUAAUUUUUUGAACAACCUCAUUAUAAAUGGUCUUAACAGCUUGUGUUACAUAGCACCAUCAAUCUCUAGUUGAAACUUAAGACCAUGGAAUCAAUCUCAAAAAUUGGAGGUGGAGGAUCAUUCAUGGAACAUUUCAUUUUACAACCCAACCAUGCACCUAAUCUUCCUUUGAACUCACUUACAUUUUCAAUCAAAGACAUGUAUGAUGUGAAAGGACGUGUGUCUAGUUUUGGAAAUCCUGAUUGGGCAAAGACUCAUCUAGCUGCUACUUGCACUGCUCCAACUAUUUUGAACUUAUUAGAAGCUGGUGCCACUUGUGUUGGUAAAAAUAUCAUGGAUGAAAUGGCUUACAGUAUAAUGGGAGAGAAUAUACAUUAUGGCACACCGAAAAAUGUGAAUGCUCCAGAUAGGGUUCCUGGAGGAUCUUCAAGUGGAUCUGCUGUUGCUGUUGCUUCAGAGCUUGUGGAUUUCUCUAUGGGAACAGAUUGCAUAGGAAGUAGCAGAGUUCCAGCAUCCUAUUGCGGUGUUUUCGGUAUCCGUCCUUCACACAGUCUUGUCUCAUCAUCAGGAGUUAUUCCUAUGGCACAGAGUUUGGAUACCGUAGGAUGGUUUGCAAGGGAUCCAAAGAUUUUGAACAAAGUUGGAAGUGUACUUCUGAAAUUUCCGGAAAUACAUCAUGUGAAACCUGCUCAAAUAAUUAUUGCUGAUGAUUGUUUUGAGCUUUCAAGCAUUCCAUACAAAGCUCUUACAUCACUCAUCAUCAAAGCAGUUGAGAAGUUAUAUGGAGGUAGUGUUCUAAAGCAUCAAAACAUUGGCAGUUAUGUGAAUGAUGCAGUUCCAAGCUUGGAAAGUUUUAGCGUGUACAACAUUCCACCAAUAGUCGCACUGUCAAGUUCCAUGCAAUAUCUUGAAAGGUAUGAGUUCAAGAAAAACCACGGUGAAUGGGUUACUGCUGUGAACCCUAAACUAGGACCUGGAAUUUCUGACAGUGUAUAUGAAGCUCUAAGGAUAAGUGGAAAAAAAAUUGAUACUUGUUAUUCUGUGUUUAAAGAAUCUCGUGAUGCUAUUACUAAUCUUCUCGGAGAUUCAAGUGUUAUUAUGAUGCCAACGGUUUCAGGUCCGCCGCCAAAACUCAAAACAAAUAUAUCACAAUUGAAGAAUUUUCUCUCAAGGGCUUUUAGCUUGCAGUCCAUUGCUGGAACAUCUGGAUGCUGCCAGGUGAGUAUACCAAUUGGGAAGUAUAAUGAUGUUCCUAUAUCAAUCUCAUUGUUGGCUAGUCAUGGAGCAGAUGGAUUCUUGCUUAGUCUUGUUGACAAACUUUAUGAAGUUAUGCAAGGGGAAGAAGUAGUAAACUAAGCAUAAGUCAUUUUAUAUGAUUAAAUAAAGUAGAAACUUUCAUUCUUCAAUCAGAAAUGAAAGAGGAGCUGAAUAAAUGUGCUUUGUAUUUGUGUUUCAAGUAUGUUGUGAUUUAGUUUUUAGUUGAGUAAGUGUGAUUUGUGAUGGUAUCAUCAAUGUGUUUUAUGUGUGAGAAUAAUUUGUUAAUGGAAACAUUAAUUAAUUAA